AUGAUUUCGCACAUUUGCUUUUGCUCUCUAACCGCACUCUUACUGCUCAACUUGGUAGGCGGCAAACCCCUAUCCGACGUCCAGAGUUUAAAACAACUUCUGGAGCUGGAGAGCGACGCGCCAUAUUACGCGGUAGACGGGAGGGGAGGCGGAGGGGAAGAUGAAGAGGAAGAAGAAGAAGAAGAAGAAGAGCGGCGCUGGGAGUCUGGCCCCGCCAACUUCGCGCUGGCGGGAAAAGAGAACGCCCUCGCGCGCCUCCUCAAAGACGUGGUGCGGAUGUCGAAGCGCUCGUGGGGCCGCUACAAGAAGGGCGGGCUGAGGAGCUGCUUCGGCGUCCGGCUGGAGAGGAUCGGCUCCUUCAGCGGCCUGGGGUGCUGA